AUGGCCUAUCUUGGCAUCCAAUCGCCAACGCGGCAAACAGCCGCCUUCCACCUCCCUUCCUCCUCGUCCUCCUCGGUCGGCGACGACGACGACGACGAUACCCCGCUCCCCUUCCCUGCCGCCCUGCCCCGAUCCGACUUCCUCGCCCCAGACUUCCACCCGGCAAACUACCUCUCCGCCCUCCCGCACCGGCACCAGACCCUCGACGACCUGAAAGCUGAGUUGCGCGACCGCAGCGCUGCCAUCAGCGCCGAGCUCCUCGAACUCGUGAACGGCAACUACACCGCCUUCUUGUCCCUCGGCAACGAGCUGCGCGGCGGCGACGAGAGGGUUGAGAACGUCCGCGUCGCGAUGCUCGGCUUCCGAAGGGCCGUGGAGGAGAUCAAGAGUAAGGUGCGGGCGCGAGGGGAGGAGGCCCAGGACCUGAGUGGGGAAUUGAGAGAGGUCAGGAGGGGCAUUGAGGCCGGGAGGAAGAUGCUUGAGUUGGAUGAGCGCGUGUCUGCGCUCGAGGAACGGCUUGCGCUUGUGAGCUUGCCGGAGAAGGGCAAGACGCCGCGUGAUGACGAAGAGGAGGAGGAUGACUGGGACGCGGACGACAGCGAGGAGGAGUCUGACGAGGAAGAGGAUGAUGUUGGGGGGUUAGUGGGCAGUAGCCCCGCGAAGCUGGCGGGUUUCGCGCAGGACUUUUGUAUUGUUGAGGCUCUCGCGGACGCUAUUGGACGAGAUUCCCAGUUCGUGGUCAAGGCAGAGGCUCGGAUGGCGAGGUGUCGAAACACUAUCCUUCUUGACCUCGGGACUGCGAUGAAGGAAGCGCGGAGGGCAGGCAAGAAGGGCCAGGCGAGGACGGUCAAGUACCUGGGGCUUUACGGACUGCUUGACGCCCAGGCAGAGGCGAUCAGGGCUCUCAAGAGCACUUGA